AUGUCCCCUAAGGGCACGAUACCCCGUCGAAAUGUCCCCGAAGGGCACGAUACCCCGUCGAAAAGUCCCCUAAGGGCACGAUACCCCGUCGAAAUGUCCCCGGAGGGCACGAUACCCCGUCGAAAUGUCCCCGGAGGGCACGAUACCCCGUCGAAAUGUCCCCUAAGGGCACGAUACCCCGUCGAAAUGUCCCCAGAGGGCACGAUACCCCGUCGAAAUGUCCCCGGAGGGCACGAUACCCCGUCGAGAUGUCCCCUAAGGGCACGAUACCCCGUCGAAAUGUCCCCGGAGGGCACGAUACCCCGUCGAAAUGUCCCCAGAGGGCACGAUACCCCGUCGAAAUGUCCCCGGAGGGCACGAUACCCCGUCGAGAUGUCCCCUAAGGGCACGAUACCCCGUCGAAAUGUCCCCGGAGGGCACGAUACCCCGUCGAAAUGUCCCCUAAGGGCACGAUACCCCGUCGAAAAGUCCCCGGAGGGCACGAUACCCCGUUGUCAAGACGGGCCUGAUGAGGUUUCCUUCACUGAAUGCUGA